UACAUUGACAAUGAGAAUGGUGAUCUAUUUUCUGGUAUUUUUCCCAUUCUCUCUCCCCCAACGGGAUGGACACAAGGGUCUAUCUGCACCGACUGCGCCUUUCAUCUUGACCCACCCAAAGUAUUUAACGGGACUUGGUCUGAUACCACCCACUAUGUAUAUGACCCCGCGAGGACUGUUCAGUUCAAUUUUACUGGCACUUCCUUGGAUGUCUACUGCAUACUCCCUAAUCCCUCCGAUCCUGUACUUACCUCAACAUACAAUCUGACGUUUAGCUUGGAUGGACAACCUCUUCAGCAAAUCUUCACGCAUAAAAGUGAUUUGUCAAACGUCUACAUGUACAAUACUAGCGUAUUAUCCUUGGAAGGGUUG